AUGUCAAACAAUAAUUAUCAAAAACCACCAUUAAGACCUAUUGCACCCUUUAACUAUCAUCACAGGAUACCAAGAGUAAUCAUACCAAGAGUACUAACAGUACCUCAACAAAGACCAGUGAUACCUUACAUACAAUAUCAAAGGCCAAAUAUACCAAGAUCAUUACAACAAAUACCGAUUGAUAAUCAACUACAACAACAGCUAAAUCAACAAUUUGGAAUAACACCAAGACCUCUUAAACAGCUUAAAAAAAAGAAACAACAAACAAGUAACCAAAACUUACCUCAAUAUACCCAAAAAGAAGCAACACAAAGAAUUAUACCAAACAUAUUAAGUAUUAACCAAACAUUUGGAACAAGAUACUAA